AUGGGCGGCAAGCGCAAGAAGUCCAACAACGGGCCAAUCAAGAAGGAGAGCAAGUACAAGAUCCCCACCCGCUUUGACUGCCCGUUGUGUGAUACGAAGGCCUCCAUUGUCGUCAGAAUUUUUCGUGCGACAAGCGAUGCCACGGUGCGGUGCCGCGUGUGCGGAGUAGGCGGGACGAAGCGGUGGAAUGUGCUGCGCCUUGAGAAGCCAGUGGACGUGUUUUUCCGCUUCCACGAGGCGCUCAUUCAGCGCGAUCACGUCGACCUGCAGCAGGUAGAGAUGGGUCGCGAGGCGAAGAUGAGCGUUGGCGCGCCCAAUGCGGACCUCGGUGGAAGCCAGAGAAGCAUGGGGAAGGAGGCGUACUCUCCAGGGGACGCAGCCGUGGCGGGCUGGGCUCGGCUCGGCUCCUCUGCUGCCGCCGCCGCAACCGCGUCAGGGAGCUCGCAUUCGCAGCACGUGAAGUCUCUAGGUGAGCUACAGCGCAAGCUGACUAUGCCAGCGUGGUCGGGUUUCGCCACGGCGCCGACCGCCUCGUGCGCCAUCGACCUCCGCGACGACUACGAGGGCGAGGCGGAAGGGGCGGCAGCCCACUACUUUGCUCCUCGUCAAGAGGUGCACGGCGCCGAAGAUGAGGAUGACGAGUACGACCAGCUGUUUCAGUGA